AUGACGAAGCUGAACGUAAUAUAUGUUUUGGUUGUCAUAGUGAUUGUCCAAGAGGUCAAAGGUCAUGGAAGAAUGGCCGAUCCUCCGGCCAGGAACAGUGCCUGGCGAUAUGGGUUCAACACACCACCCAACUACAGCGAUAACGGGCUGUACUGCGGCGGAAAGGGGAGGCAAUGGAACACUAACGGUGGGAAAUGCGGCAUCUGUGGCGACCCCUACGACGGAAAACGUGACCAUGAAGCUGGCGGUCGCUAUGCAACCGGCACUAUCGUGCGUUCUUACCAAACUGGUCAAGUCAUCGACAUCGAGGUCUAUUUGACGGCUGCGCAUAAGGGCUGGUUUGAGUUCCGGUUAUGUCCUCAUAACAACCCCAGUAUCCCGGCCACGCAGGCCUGCCUGGACAGGUACCUGCUGCAGAGAGCGGAUGGCAGCGGUGCUCGCACCCAGGUUGAUAAAGGACCCACCACAUACAGAAUGAAAUACAAGCUGCCUGCUGGUCUCACCUGCUCCCAGUGUGUGAUGCAGUGGAAAUAUCGCACAGGUAACAGCUGGGGUACGGACGCUAAUGGGCGUGGUUGCCUAGGAUGCGGACCUCAGGAGGAGUUUUAUAACUGCGCGGACGUAUCUAUCGGGAAGGGCGCCAUUAACAUUAAACCGUUCACCACCGGUCCAGUGACAUCUCGUACGGAGGCCCCUGUCACCCACACCGUCCCUCCCAAACGUACCGAGCCACCAAAAACCAGCGGCGGGCAGACAGGAGGGAAGAACUGCGUCUACAUCGGCUCUAACAAGCAGGACGGUGCUGCUCACGACUCUUGGUGUCAGUCUAACUGCGCAGCAGGGUACUGCCCGAAGGACUUCUGUCGCUGUUCGGCAGUCCUCGGGUAG